AUGCAUUUUCGCAAACAACUGCUUCUGCCCACUGUGGUGCUCAUUGCACCCUCCUCAUUCUCCGCUCUCGCUCAGUUGGACUCGGUUGAUCCAGCCUCAUUUUCGUCCACGUCUUUCGAUGUCAUUAUCGUGGGAGGAGGGACUGCAGGUUUAGUUCUAGCCAACAGGCUCUCUGCGACGUCUCUGCGCGUUGGAGUAGUGGAUGCAGGCCACUACAACACUACCGGAGAUCCUCUUAUCGAUGUCCCGUACUCUCCUGGCUACCUGAUCAAUGAUCCAUCCGCUUCGGCCAUUGGGAAUCCGGCGUACGACUGGGCGUUCUCCAGCAUCCCCCAGGAUGGGCUGCUAAAUGGCACAGUAAUCCCAUACCCGCGCGGGAAAGUAUUGGGCGGCUCAUCAGCGAUUAAUAAUCUGGCGUGGCAGAGGGGCGCCCGCGAGGAAUACGACUCGUGGAGCACAACUUUCGAGAACGGGCCACGGUGGAGCUUUGAUGCGCUGGAGACCUUCUUCAAGCGCAGUGAAAACUGGACCUUCCCGGCCACGGGAAGUGAUGCACUCGCUCCUAACACUACGGCAAGCCAACUGUCGGCACUCGCAGCAGCUCACGGAGAGGGUGGCCCCAUCGACGUCCGCUACGAUAACUUUGUCACCGAGAUUGAUCGUGCAUUCGCCCAAGCAAGUGUCAAUAUGGGCUUUCCCCUGAAUCCAAACCCCGACGGUGGUAACAGUUCGUUCAUCCCGCUCGCUGGCAUUCCUAACUCUGUCGAUAUCAGCUCUGGAAAGCGCAGCUACGCUGCACCGGGGUACUAUAGCGCUGACAUUCGCGUGAGGCCGAACCUUUCUGUGCUCAUGCACGCCACAGUCAGCAGGAUUAUAUGGGAUGAUGUGGUGAAUAACGAUUCUGCGAGAGCAACGGGGGUCGAGUUCGUUGCUGGAGGCCAAACAUAUGUUGCGAAUGCAACACAGGAGGUCAUUGUAUGCGCAGGUACUCUUAAGUCGCCGCAGGUGCUAGAACUAUCCGGAGUGGGCAACGCCACACUGCUGGAAUCACUUGGCAUUCCAGUAGUUCUAAACCUUCCUCAAGUCGGGGAAAACCUGAUGGAUCACAUUCUUACUUCCACGGACUAUACGAUUAAAGAUGGAGUGUUUAGCCUUGAUUGGUUAAGAACGAACCAAACGUACCUGCAGGAGCAGCAAGCGCUUUACAACAGUACUGGGCAAGGAGCGUUCACCUAUGCAACCAGAGUCACUGGAUCCUGGCCCGUCAAAGAUAUCGUCUCUGAGGACCAGUAUGCACGGAUGCGCGCUUCGCUGGAUGCGGAAUUGGCAGCGCUAGAUCUCACGCCAUUGCAGCUUGCUCAGUAUGCGAAGCUGAAGGACAUGUUGGAUAGUGGCGAGGUCGGCUGGGUGACUCCCAUUGCUCUUCCCAGGGGCGGAGCGGCAAGUAUCCCUAUAGACGACGAGAACUACAUCACUGUCGCCGUAUUCCAAAUGCACGAAUUUUCUCGUGGUUCUGUUCAUAUCAGCACUUCGAAUUCUAGCGUUCCUCCCCAAAUCGAUCCAAAAUUCCUGUCUUUUACAUGGGACCUGGACGUUCAAGUAGCAGCAGCCCAGUUCAUCAGACGAUGGGUCAACACGGAACCCGCCGCUAGCUACAUCGCGGACGCAGUGACUCCCCCGGCAAAUGUUGAUACUGACGACAAGUGGCGGAGCUUUGUUCUCAGCACUCUCGGGUCUAUCGCUCAUCCCAUCGGUACUAUGCCUAUGGCCCCAAAAGCAAUGGGUGGUCUGUACUAUACACGUAUUCUGUCUCUACGUAUCGGCUCUGCUAAGGACGUUUUGCAUACAGGCGUUGUUGGUUCCGACCUCAAGAUAUACGGUCUGGCGAACGUCCGUGUCGUCGACGCGAGCGUCAUACCGUUGACUAUCGGGGCACCUUUGCAGCCAACUGUAUACGCGGUUGCGGAGAAUAGUCUAGCCGCUAUCUUAUACGAUCCAUCGCAGCUACCCAAGGAGAAAGUAUAUGAUUACAUUAUUGUCGGCGCCGGGAAUGCUGGAGGAGUUGUUGCCAGUCGCUUGGCCGAAGAUUCAUCGAUCAAUGUUUUAGUGGUUGAAGCUGGAGGCGACGAUGUCACGGAAAAUCCUAUCUCGCAGAGAAUCCCCGUUCCUCUAAUGGGAAUCUCUCUUCGUAACUCCGUCAUCGACUGGAACUUCACUACCACGAGGCAGAGGGGACUCCAUAACAAGAGUAUGCACUAUGUUCGUGGGAAGGUACUCGGGGGCUCGACGACCCUCAAUCUCAUGACUUAUACCCGUGGUUCCGCCGACGACUAUGAUCGACUGGCAGCAGUAACUGGCGACAGUGGCUGGAGCUGGAGCAAGUUGGAACCAUAUAUGCGUAAACUUGAGGCUCUCACCGUUCCCACAGACGGGCACGAUACUACUGGUCAAAUCCUCCCGUCUGCGCAUGGUUUGAGCGGCCCAUUGUCGAUUUCCCUCCCAAAUCAUCCGCUAAGUGUUGACGAUCUUAUAAGGAAAGCCACGCAGGAACUGUCUGAUCGGUUUCCUUUUAACACCGAUAUGAAUAAUGGAAAUCCCAUCGGGGUUGGCUUCAACCAAGCGACAAUCAGGAAUGGGACCAGAGAAAGCGUCACUACUUCAUAUAUUCGACCUGCUCUCGCUCGCGGCAAUAACCUCGACAUCUUACUCAACUCCCAAGUUCUCCGGAUUGUACCAUCGGCGCACAUCGCCAAUAUUCCUUCGUUUCGUACAGUGCAGUUUGCUAGGGAGCGCAAUGCUUCGACGUAUAGCCUGACCGCUCGACUAGAGGUUAUCGUCAGUUGCGGUGCAAUAUCUACCCCGCACCUAUUGCAACUCUCGGGUAUCGGCGACGCUACGCAACUCAAAGCUGCGAACAUUCGUCCCAUCGUUCCUCUCCAACAUGUUGGUAAAAAUCUGCAAGACCAUCCUUUGUUUACACAGCCAUAUCUUGUGAACGAAGGCAAUGAUUUAGACCAGUUUAUCCACAACGAUACAUUCCAAAUACAAGCGCUAGACGAAUGGCAUCGGACAAGAAAGGGAAUUAUGGGUCUUUCGUUCUCCAGCAUGACAGGUUGGCUACGCUCCUCUGCACUCAACUCUUCUUUGGACCAGAGCGCUGGAUCGAGGAGCCCUCAUUUUGCGAUGAUCUUCACCCCGACAUUCGUCACGGCCGAACUCAAGCAUAGCAGCAAUCAAGGCUUCCUCACAAUCUCGAAUAUUGUAGCAUCACCUGCAUCGCGUGGUUCUGUCUCUAUCGUCUCUUCCGAUCCGUGGUUGCAGCCCGCUAUCGACUUGAACUUACUCGACUCCGACUUUGACAUACAAUGCAUGAAAGAGGCCGUGCGAGCCUCCCAGGAGUUUCUCGAGGCUCCUUCCCUCUCCAGCUUUGUUCAUAGACCUUUUGGUGGGCUGGCCGACGUCUCUUCUGAGAGCGAGUUAGAAGAUUAUAUCCGCGCAAACACAGGCACAAUACAUCAUGCUGUCGGCACAGCGAGAAUGUCCGGUUGGGGAUCGGGCAACGGUGUGCUCAAUCCUGACCUAACUGUGGUAGGGACGCACGGCUUGCGCGUCGUUGAUGCAUGUAUUUUUCCUUUUCAGAUAGCAGCUCACCCCAUGGGUCCCGUUUAUAUCGUGGCUGAGCGAGGUGCAGAUAUCAUCAAAGCGGCGAGACUUGCCGUCCAGGAGACGAUCCCUGCGGAGAACGCUGGUGAUGGCGUUGAAGAGGGUAAACUGCAUCCAUCUCGGUCUAAUGAAGAAUUAUAG